CAUAAUUUUAAAAACAUUGUAUUAUUUAUCUGUGUUUUUACCUUUUUGUAAACAAUUUGCAAAAUUUAAUUUUGUUUGUAUUGUUUCCUGUUAUGCCUGGUUCUGGAAUUAAUCAACAAUGAGUUCUAAAAAAGGGAAGAAAAGUUUCGGUAAUAAACAUUUUCCUAUUGCGGAAUCCGUGAGUAUUGCGCUCAAGAUCCAGUUGGACAAAUUUCUAAGUGAUGAAAAUGAGACAGAGCUCAAAUUCCCGACAUUUCUUUCGGCGCAAGAGCGCGGGUUUAUCCACGAAACGGUGGCCAAGUUGGGACUCAAGUCGAAAUCGCGCGGGAAAGGAGUCAACCGUUACCUGACCAUAUACAAGCGUAUAGGUUCAACAAUAAUCCAGAACGAUGCCAAGCUAAUCUUGGACUCCAACAUGAGAUGCAGCAUAGCGGAGUUGUUCAACACCUUCCCCAUCACUAGUAAAGAGAAGGAUGACCUCAGCAGUUGCCCCGAGAAGGAACGGAGCCCGCAGCUGUCUCAUAAGACCAUGGGACAGUUGAAUAAUGGGGUUGCUCAGGUGCCAAAUACAACCUACAACCCUGAGCUGCAGAAGUUCCGUGAGAAGCUUCCAGUGUAUGAACAGAGGCAGGACUUGCUGAAUGCCAUCACACACAAUCAGGUGAUAAUAGUAGCGGGUGCGACGGGCUGCGGCAAGACGACGCAGCUGCCUCAGCUAGUGCUGGAACACUGCCAGGAGCACAAGACUCCGGCGAGAAUCUUGUGCACGCAGCCCCGUAGGAUCUCUGCCGUGUCUGUCGCUGAGAGAGUAGCGUACGAGCGAAUGGAGAAGAUCGGGCAAUCAGUCGGCUACCAGAUCCGGCUGGAGUCGCGCGUGUCGCCGCGCACCGUGCUCGCCUACUGCACCAACGGUGUGCUGCUGCGCACGCUCAUGCAGGGGGACCACUCGCUCGCCGGGGUGACCCACAUAUUCGUGGACGAAGUACACGAGAGGGACAAGUUCAGCGACUUCCUGUUGAUAGCGCUUCGCGACGCGCUGCCGCGCUGCAAGGAGCUGAAGCUCAUACUAAUGUCGGCUACCAUGGACACGCAGAUAUUCUCCAGAUACUUCAACAACUGCCCAGUGAUCACAAUCCCCGGUCGACUGCACGAGGUCCAGAGAUACUAUCUGGAGGAUGUCCUCAAAAUCACCCAGUACAAGACCAAGAAGAUGCAACAAGUCGAGAGAGAACUCAAGAACAAAUUGAAGGCUGGGAGUAGUUAUUGGUCGCAUCUUGAAGGUCAGAAGCAGCCAUCAGAAGAACGGGCGGAGGCUGUCGAUCCCACGCCGGCCUUGGACGCGGCGCUGCAGGCCGACAUGGACCACUUCCUCGAGGAAUGCUUCAAGGAGGGCAGUCUGGACUCGUUCAGCCAGAUCCUGUACAUGUACAUAUCGGAGGGGGUCGGGGUGCAGUGCGCGCAGACCGGCACCCUCCGCACGGGACUCAUGGCGGCCGCGAGCCACGGCCACGCCGACGCCGCCCGGCAGAUACUGCAGUGCGGUGCCGACGCCCAACAAAAGGACGCCAAUGGGAAAACAGCCUACGACUACGCCGUAGAAAACGGACAUACAGAGACGGCGAAACUUCUGGAAUCAUUCAACCUUUCCACUGAACCUAAAGACAACACAGACGAAGAUAACGCUGAAAGCUUCCUUCUAGACGUUUACCAUCACACAGUCUCUGAAGAACUGAUUGACCACGACCUAAUGCUGGCGUUGAUCAAACACAUUCACGUCAACUUGCCCAAAGGAAGCAUUCUAAUCUUCCUACCUGGUUAUGAUGAUAUAGUGACAUUGAGGGACAUGAUACAGUCGUGUUCGGAAAUGAACUCGAUAAAAUACCAGAUAUUCACGCUGCACAGCAAUAUGCAGACUUUAGACCAGAAGAAAGUGUUUAAUCCGCUGCCGAACGCGCGGAAAAUCAUCAUUUCAACGAAUAUAGCUGAGACGUCGAUUACCAUUGAUGAUGUAGUGUAUGUGGUUGACUCUUGCAAGGUAAAAGAGAAGUAUUAUGAGUCGAGCGGCGGCGUGUGUUCGCUUCAAUGUGUUUGGACGUCUAGAGCGUGUUGUCAGCAAAGGGCGGGUAGAGCCGGCAGGACAAAGCCUGGCCAUUGCUUCCACAUGACCUCCAAGCGGAGAUUCAAGACGCUACCCCUCAAUUCUGUGCCAGAAAUACUAAGAGUGCCUUUACAAGAGCUGUGCCUUCAUACGAAGUUGUUGGCACCUGGGAAUACCCCUAUAGCGGACUUCUUGUCCAAAGCUCUGGAACCGCCGUCGUUUUUGGCUGUCAGGAAUGCCGUGACGCUUCUGAAGACUAUAGGAGCCUUGACCCCGAUGGAAGAUUUGACAGAGAUCGGCCAACAUCUGUUGGAUCUGACCGUUGAGCCAAAGCUGGGCAAAAUGUUGCUUUAUGCGUGUGUAAUGAAGUGCCUAGACCCGAUACUGACUAUUGUCUGCAGUUUGGCAAACAAGGAGCCUUUCCAGAUAUCAAUGAACCCAGAAAACAGAAAGAAGGGAGGAAUGGCGAGGAAGGAAUUCUCGGCUGAAAGCUUUUCCGACCACAUGGCUUUGUUGAGAGCCUUCCAAGCGUGGCAGACCGCCCGGGCUAACGGCACAGAAAGGGCUUUCUGCUCUAAAAACCUAAUCUGUGGCGCGACGAUGGAAAUGAUCGUUGGAUAUCGGUCACAACUGCUCGCUCAACUCCGCGCCUUAUGCCUGGUCAAAGCCCGAGGUUCCGGGGACAUUAAAGACGUGAAUUUGAACUCAGAAAAGUGGCACGUGGUCAAAGCUGUGUUGGUGAGUGGACUGUAUCCCUCUAUAGCUCGAGUUGAUAGAGAUUCGAUGUCUUUGCGCACGUCUAAAGAGGUUAAAGUAGCCUUCCAUCCAAGCUCUACCCUCAACCGAGGCAGCGGUGUAACUGGAUCUCAGAAGUCUAUCCAAAACCUGCCGACAGACUGGGUGGUGUUUGAAGAGAUAUCCCGUGCUGGCAGGUUCUGCUUCAUCCGUUGCACAACCCUGGUGACUCCACUCACAGUUGCCUUGUUCGGAGGUCCUUUGAGAUUGCCAGCCGGCGCGUUGACUCAACGUGCAAACCCUCCAGGGUUGUCCAGUGAUUCUGACAGCGAAGCCGAUGAAAACAAUUCAUCCCCCGACACCGCAGUACUAACCCUAGACGACUGGAUGGCGUUCACAGCAGACGCCUCUGACGCAAUUAGCGUUUACUAUCUGCGGCAGAAACUGUGCGCGCUAGUCAUAAGACGAAUGUCAAAUCCGGCUAAACCCAUGACGCCAUUAGACGAACAGAUUCUCAACACAGUCGUGCACGUUUUAGGGGCAGAAGAGAAGAAUGUGGGGUUAAACCAGCCCACUGGUAUCGGCCAGCGUCCGAAGCCGUUGACAGUCGAUUCCCCGAACUGGCGAAUGAGAGUCGAGAACGACAACAACCAAUACGGUCACGACAAACAGUUUUACCAGCAACAACAAUAUCAGCAGCCGCAACAAGACUUUAGCGGUAACAAUUACUACCAGCAACACCAGUACGGUUAUCGAAAUGGCCAGAAUCGGCCGACAGGCACUUGGAGAAAUGACGGGAUGAACCAGCCGUUUUCGCCUCAGUCCUACAGUGGACCUAAAAGCCCUAUGUCCCCGAAUGGAAAGACUUUGCUGGCGAAUAUAGAGAAGUAUGCGGAAGGCAAUAAUGAGACGACCAGGUAUUUCGUGGUGAAGUGUGAGGAUAUGCAUGCGUUGGAAGCUGCGCAGAAUGGCGGCUCGUUCCAAUUCCAACAGCCUACGCUGAAGAAACUGCAGAAGGUUAAACAGGAGGGCGCUCGAGUCAUGCUGUUCUUCUCUAGCGCGACGACGUCCAAGUUCUUGGGUUGCGCCUCGCUCGUCGACCCUAACGGCAGUCUAGACGUUAUGUACGCGCAGCCUGUGCCUUUCCAUUUGAUCAGGCACAUAACCAACGGGCUGUCAUCAGGCGCCCGCGUGUCAGGCGCUCGCGAUGGCCAGGAGAUAUGUGGCAACGCCGCUCGCACCCUAACAGCGGCCUUAGAACAGGCGUCUAGACGCCAGUACAGACCUAUACAGAAACACCAUGGCAACCAGUAGAGGGGUUAAGAGGAAAGGAAUUAAGUAUACGGUAUUGUAAAGUCUGAAACGGUUCGUUAACUGAGGAUUAUGUUAGACUUGAGAAUGUCAUAGUCUAUUAUUUUUUAACAAACCAGUGCCGAGUAUGUCUGUCGCAUAUUUCCGAUAUUGACAGAGUGAGAUGGGUCAUUGCUAGGGGCGGGGCCAGCGCUUUUGUUCAACGCUUCAUGUUGAUUACGUGGACCAAUAGCAACACAGAAAAAAAGAUUUCGGUACUCGUUUGUUAAAAUAAACGACGACGUUGAACGAAAAAUUCAGUGAGCUAAUAGUUCAUUGGUUAACCGAAUGUUAGUAAACUGUCGGUCGUGUGCCCGGCAUUUUCAUGCAAAAAACACCUGUUGGUAAUAGUUUAUUGGUUGAAGAUAAAUUAUACUUAUUAUUGGGCCUAAAGAAACAAUGGCUAUAAUUACGUUUUGAGUAGGAGGAAUAGUGUAUGGACCAUACAAUCUGUAGUUUAUUAACUAAUACGACCAUAAUUCUUGUACAAGAGUAAAUUCUAAAAAAAUAUUUAUGCAUAAAUAAUCGCCUCUCCUGGCAUUUGCCAGUUUUAUCACUGCUUGAUGUAAACUUUUAGAAAACUUAUAAAAUUUUAGCCUGUUCCAAUAAACUGCUAACCGGUUUACAAGAGCCAAAUUAAAAAAAAAACUGCAAAUGUAACUGUAGCAUAUUGUUUUCCGAAUUACCGAAAUCAGCGAAUAAGCAGAGAUUCGGAUUAGCGAGGCUCUGCUUAGUAAUUUAAUAUGAGAUCUCAGCUUGUAUAUUGAUUGAUAGCAAACGUACUUACCAUGUAGUGAACGCGAAUAUUGAUUAACUUGCAUGAUCAUAACUCUGAUAUUUACUUGGUUUAUUUAUCUACAAAGUAAUGUUUUAGAUUUAAAUAUUAUAUUUAAAUGAACUUGAUCUGUUUCCAUUCAUUCGUUUCCUCUGUGACAUAAUAAAUACAAUAAAGUUGUUUUAUGAUU